AUGGGAGCCAGCAGCCGGCUGAGCCCCCGGGCAGCCCGGGGCACCAUCUCCCGCUCCUUCUGGGCCGGCCGGGCCUGCCGGGCAGUGGCCCCAGCGGUGGCCGCUGAGCCGAGCCCUUCCAAGGUGCUGCCCUUCGAGGCCAUUCCCCACAGCGGCCCCAAUGCCUGGCUCAAACUCUACCGCUUCUGGAGGACCAACAGCUUCCAAAACCUCCACUACAUCAUGCAGAAGAACUUCCAGCGCUUGGGACCCAUCUACAGGGAGACGGUGGGCACCCACAGCAGCGUGAACGUGCUCCUGCCCCGCGAUGCCGCCCAGCUGUUUCAGUCGGAGGGGAUCUACCCACGCCGAAUGGGCAUCGAUUCCUGGAUUGCCCACCGGGUCCUGCGGAACCACAAAUGUGGCGUCUUCCUGUUGAACGGGGAGGACUGGCGUGCCGACCGGCUGGUCCUCAACAAAGAGGUGAUCAGCCCUGCCAGCACCCACAAAUUCCUGCCCUUCCUCAACACCGUGGCGGAGGACUUUGUCGACUUUAUGCACCGGCGGGUGAGGAAGAACACACGGCGGCUGCUCACGGUCGACCUUUACCAUGACCUCUUCCGCUUCACCUUGGAAGCCAGCAACUACACCUUCUACGGGGAGCGCCUAGGCCUUCUGGAGGAGAACUCCAGCCCGGAGUCCCAGCGCUUCAUCCAUGCCCUGGAGACCAUGUUGCAGACCACCUUGCCGCUGCUCUUCAUCCCGCCAGAAGUCAUGCGCUGGGCCAACCACAAGCUCUGGCAAGACCACAUGGACGCCUGGGACACCAUCUUCCAGCACGCGGACAAGUGCAUACAGAACAUCUACCAGGAAUUCUGCCUGGGGAAGCCCCGCAAGUACUCUGGGAUCAUGGCCGAGCUGCUGCUGAAAGCCGAACUGCCCCUGGACUCAAUCAAGGCCAACAUGACGGAGUUCACAGCCGGGGCUGUUGACACA